AUGGUGACAUGCAGCAUGAGUAAUGUUCAUCUCCCCACAGGAACGUCAUCAUGUCAGGUGAUCAUUAUUCCAGCCAACACCUUCCAAGUGUUGCCCUGCAUGCUGCGCUCUAAUCUGGCUGAGAGGACAUGGGUGUUCAGCGAGAGUUCGGGUCACUUCCAUUACCCCAGUCCAGAGGGGGGGCUGGUGGUGGUGGCUCAGGCUGACCAACAGGAGACCUAUGAGUGCUGGUCUGUGGAGGAAGGUUUCCGACAGCUACUGGCAAACUACUGCGUGAGGGGCGAGGCCAAACACGAGAGCACCACUCAGAUGAGCCGCACACGGGCGCCAGCCAUGUCACAGGAUGAGUUUGUCAUCCUGCCUGAGGCUCGCUCCCCUCAGAUCAAUACCAAGACCUACUGGAACGAGCUAAUCGUAGUGUGUGCCCUCUUGGCCUUCUCCCUGCUCGUCUUUUCCCUGUUUGUGGUGUACAGGCACCGCGACCACAUGAAGUCCAUGCUCAAGGAGGGCGAGUGCCCCAACAUGCAACAGAAGAAGCCCAGAAUGGUGGUGAAGCCCGCUGAGAACAUGCCACUCAACGGCAACGCGGUGGCCGCCUCGGUGACGGAUCACAAGGGCUACCAGACACUUCACGACAACUACAUCUGUGGCCCGCCGUCGCAUGAGUACUCGUCGCCUGACAACAGCAAGAGCUUCUCAGAGGCGGAGAAGAGGCCUCAGAACUUACAGGAUAGCCGAGUGGAGAUCUCUCCUACCAGCCCACGGCCUCGAGUCAGACUGGGAUCGGAGAUAAAAGACUCGGUGGUGUAAAGAUUCACCAGGAGGGACACCUUUUAAAUGAAUACAAGUGAAAAGGCACCUGCUGAAAGACUCCUGGGCGAUUGGAGGGGUGGGGUGGGGGGGGUCAUCACAUAACUUUUGCACUUUGUCCUCAUUUGUGCUGUUCCUGUGGUUCAUGAACAUUUCUUUUUAUGCAUUCACAGCGCACUGACCGCCUUCAGACUUUUGGUGCUCACAAUAUAGCUCAAAAACAGAAUGUAAGUCGUGCUUGCAAAAACCUCCGCCAAGGCCAAGUUUGCACUGUGCUAAACAGCUCCCAUGACAUAAUGGGGGCGGGGAACUAUAUAGUAUACCAUUCAGGCCCGCAAUGCAAUUCUAAAAACACAAAUAAACCCCACAAAUGCUCAUUUUAUAUAUAUAUAUAUAUAUAUAUAUAUAUAUAUAUAUAUAUAUAUAUAUAUAUAUAUAUAUACACACACACAUAUACACACACACACACACACACACAGUAAAAUGUAUUGAUCUGAAUAUAAGUUGAACCCUCUUCUUCAAGACCCAUUUUUGGAAAAAUUUUCAGCAUCUCAUCAUCUCUCGAGUUCACAAGUGUUUGUGUGAGUGGCAUUAACAAAAGCUCUGACUCGCUUGGGGCCACCUAUACUUAAGGUUCCCCUACCCUUGUUUUAGAUGAAAACAAGAGCAGAGCAGAGCAGAUAAAAAGAGCACAGCUAGACUUUUGUAGUGUGACCCUGCAGUCCGUCCUUAAUAGUAAUACUUUGAAGAGAGGUAGUCAAACAUGUCCACACUCCCAUUUGAUACUUUUCAUCGGGGGGGUUUUUGUCAGCCUGUCAGCCAGUAGGAGCCUACCCACCACUGAGGCUAUGCACUAUCUACGGUACUGUAGCAAGGUCAACUCGCAGCACAUUAUUUAACAAUAGAGCAACAAACAUCAGAGGCAAAACAACAAAUUAUAUCACAUGAACCCAAAAAAUCCAGAGAAACAAAGUAUUUUAAAAGUGGGACAUACAUCAUAAGAACAACAUACUGUAUAACAUAUAAAGACACCAAGAAUGAUCAGUGUGUGAAGUCUUGACUUUUUCCUGUUUUUUUUCUUUCACUAAAUAUGUGAUGAAUAAAAUGAAUAAACAGGGAAGAAAAACCUGUUUCAGGUAUCAAGAUAGGCAGUCUAUGCAAAAGCACUUCGUAUGAAGUGAAGGGAUAAACCAUACAAGUAAGCACAAAGACGCUAUCACUUGAGGAUCAAUGGCACUGCAAAUAAACACAUGAAUUAUAUUUUAACUAUCACUAAAAGAGUCAAUUAUAGCAAUUCUUCAUCUAAGCCAGAGUCUGGAUAUUAAUAUUUUGUGGCCAAAUGUGUCUCUUUCAUGUUCACAAAGGGAAAUAAUACAUGUUUUAUAGUCUUCAUCUAGUUUGAAUGUUGUUAUUUUAUGAAUGGAAACUCCCUGCUUCUUGCUUAAAUGGUCUUCAACCCAUCAAAGAAAUAACUUAUAUUCUUAUACACAUAAAGUUAUGUAUUUUACUAAUUAAUUCUCUCCAAAUCAGUCAUCAAAUUGGGCAUAGGCAUUGCCAUUUUUUUAAUUGAUACACAGAUGCAAAGAGAUUUAUGCACAAGAUUUUGAGAAGCCUUUGUGUUUUGUUGCAAGGCAUGCACCUGCCUUUGGGGACGUGGAUAAUGCCUUGUGAGACUAAUCAAGAGAUGUGCCUCUUGAGAUCAUGAAACUAACCAGGUAACUCAGACACAAAAAGUGGUUUAAUAUUGUCACCAUUGUGGGCUCAUGAGUUUGAGUGCUUUUUCUUGUUUUGUUUUGUGGCUUUAACGUCCAUCAAGGCACUCAAAUCUUUGUUGUGUAGCAAACAAAUAACCACUGGGUGAUUUGAAUAUGUCAAACACAGAUAAGCAUAGUAUUAAUUUCGUAUGAAUCGCACUGCAAAACUGUCUUUGUGUGGGUCUAAUCAAUCGUGCAGACGAUUUCCUGCUUUGACUGUUAUUUUCCAGAAAAUAAAAAGGCAGCUGUGCUAGUGUUCAUUUCAUUAGAAAGGCCAAUUACAGAACAACAAAAAAAAAGAUGUGGCAGAGCCAAUUUAGUAAAACAAGUUACAAACGCUCUUUGAAAUGUAGUGUGCUCUCUCCAAAUGAACCACUAUAGUCAGUUCUUCGAAAUGUGACAUGUAUUGUAACUAAAAAAACAGCUCUUUAUGUACAAUUGUUUUGUAAAUUCAGCUGCCUGUGUACAAAAGAAAAUGUAUUUUUUGUAUCAUACAUCAUUUUCUUCUCAUUUUUUGUAUUGCAUAUAAAAAAGGCACUUUAUUUUAUUUUUUCCAAAUAAAGC